CUGUCCAGCUGCCCAGUAGGGUUACACCCCAAGACGCCGUGGCGAUGGUUGCCAAAGCUUAAAAUGAUAUGGAUAGCUGCAAUAGCCUUUUGUGGUGUUUUCUAUUGGCUCUCACCGUGGGAGAUCACAAGGUUUCGUUUGCGUGCGAUGGCGUGCGAUUGCCAAGCACCUAUACGAAUCCAGUACUUAUACGUAUCAGGCAUCUACUAUUAGAUCCUGUGCCACUCAUGUAAACAAAAGUAACAUGUGUAACAUGCUACCGCCGAUGAGUUAAAAGGGCCAAUUCCCCAUGUGAAGUGGUUUGUGUCGCCUAUAGUUUUAUUUGUCUUGUUCUUGUCAGCCAUCAUAACUGGGAAGUGGGUGAAUAAACGAAGACAGCAUGGCGACAAGGGAGGUGGCCAAGGACUCAGAUCCUGAGACGCGGGAACUGACUCUUCCUGCCGACGAAGAAUAUGCAUCCUCGACAAAUGAUGGGAUUCAGCAGUUCGCCUAUGAUGAUUCUCGAAAAAUUGGCGUCACUGGAGCUGUGUUUCUGAUUUUGAAUAAGAUGAUUGGAACUGGAAUCUUCUCAACCCCUUCAGCUAUUUUUGCGGCGACUGGUUCGGUUGGUGUAUCUAUUAUACUAUGGGUAGUUGGCGGCAUCUUGACAUUCUGCGGGUUGAGUGUAUUCCUCGAAUUUGGUCUGGCUAUUCCACUAUCCGGGGGCGAGAAGAAUUACCUUGAACGAGUCUAUCGCCAUCCUCAUUACUUGGCCAGCUGCGUCUUUGCAUCCCAGAUGAUUUUGCUAGGAUUUUCAUCCGGAAAUUCCUUGGCAUUCGGCCGAUAUGUUUUAGUUGCCUCAGGGAGUACGGAGGGGGAUGGCUGGAAAGCUCGAGGUAUCGCGAUCGCGUGUAUUACCUUCGCCGUCGUGCUCCACUCAACACUACCCAAAUGGGGAUUAAGAUUAGUGAACGUGCUGGGGAUAUUCAAGGUGGUCGUCCUGUUAUUCAUUGUCUUCUCGGGUUUCGCUGCCCUCUCCGGUCGAUUACUUGUCCCACCACCCGGGAAUUUCAAGAACGCGUUUGCCAUCGAGGUAACGGAGAACUAUGGAGGACAGGGUGCGUAUGGAUAUGCGACGGCAUUAUUGCAAAUCAUAUACAGUUAUAAGGGUUGGGAAAAUGCGAAUUACGUACUUGGGGAGCUGAAGAACCCUCGUAAGACACUUUCGAUUGCGGCGCCACUCGCCAUUGGUGGUGUCACUAUCUUGUACGUUCUCGCCAACGUAGCGUAUUUCGCAGCAAUAAGCAAAGAUGACCUUGCGACAUCUGAGGUCUUGGUUGCCGCCUUAUUCUUCCGGAAUGUAUUCGGCGAUAGUGCUGGUGCACGAGCUCUUCCAGCAUUUGUUGCGUUGAGCAACCUAGGCAAUGUCUUGGCAGUGAGCUUUGCUCAUGCUCGCGUCAACCAGGAGUUUGGAAAGGAGGCUCUCCUGCCGUAUGGAAAAUUCUGGGCUUCUAUCAAGCCAUUUGAUGCACCAGCUGCUGCGCUUUUCCUCCACUGGAUUGUCACAGUCAUCGUUCUUGUUGCACCCCCGGCAGGUCCAGCCUAUAACUUCGUCGUCAAUCUGUACACGUACCCUGGUGCGUGGAUCAAUGGGUUUGUCACGGGCGGCCUGAUAUAUCUUCACUACAAGAAGUCGGAAAACUGGUCGUCGCCAUGGCAUACGUAUCUGCCUAUUGCGGUGGUAUAUCUGUUGGCCAACAUAUUUCUUGCCGUCGUUCCAUUUGUGCCACCAAACGGGGACUGGAAUGCUGAAGGUUACCCCUAUUUCGUUUUCCCGGUUGUGGGAGUUGGCAUUCUACUCUUUGGCGGAGUGUACUGGGCAUGCUGGUCUAAGCUCUGGCCGGCUAUUGGGGGGUACAGAAUCGAGGCUCACAGGAUUGUUCAGGAUGAUGGCAAAGAGGUGGUUCGAUAUAAAAAGAUCAAGACGAGGUAGUAUAUCGGUAGAUGUGGUUUUAAUGAUGCAUAACCCGGUACAAGGAGUCGAUAUUUAUAGUAAGUACCUCUACAUAGGCAGAUAACUUGAAUACCUUGAAUGUUGGUAGGGCCAGAAUUUUUGUGGCAACUUCAAUUUCAAUGUAACACACAUAGUGUAAGCAUCAACGUGGUAUUGUGGCUAAAAUAAGCCAAAU